GAGAAAUUUCAUGAACGUGCCUUGAAUUGGCUUCGCAAAGAUCCAUCGCGUAAUGCAAUGCAAUCUGUAUAUUCUCUUGCAGACUACUUUCCCCACGGGCCUGCACCUGGGGAGCAGAAAAAAAUUGAUAUUGUAGCUGUGGCUAAAUCAACGGUCGUUCCUGCCAAACGCUCGCGUACUAGUGAAGAAGAAUCCUCUGAGGCAGGCGACGAGUCCAUUAAAAAGCUUGGGGAAAAGGAAGAGGACGUCGAGUUUGGACUGGUAUUCAAUAUACAUAACUAUCUCUGGGGUCGAAAAGAUCUAUUGUCGACGAUCCGUACAGAGAAGAAAGAAAAGGUGCCGGAUGAGGGAUCAGUGUGGUGGGAGGGAUCAGUGUUGGACGAGGGAUCAGUUUCGGACGAGGGAUCAGUUUCGGACGAGGGAUCAGUUUCGGAUGAGGGACCAGUCCCGGUUACUUUUUUUGAUCUGAGACACCUGCCGUUUUGGCGGCCUGAAUAUCAGGCAAGCGGUAAAAACAUACAGUUCGCGACGCACUUUAUGAUCCGGGACGAGUACAAAAAGCUUGAUGAAUUUGUUGCGGAACAUAAGGAUAGUCAUAUACUGGUUAUUGGCCAGCCUGGCAUAGGCAAAACUGUAUAUCUGACCUACUGUCUUUUGUGUCGACUUACCGAGAAAAAGCGGACGGUUUUGAUGUUCGACCCGAAUAGGUGUUAUUUAUUCCAGGACGAAGGCGUUUACAAACUUCCACUUGAUUUGUACGAACGUACCGAUAAUCACGUGAUCAUACAACAAGCCGACAAGACACUGUUCCUAUAUGACUGCAACGAGAGUCAGGCAACAGUAAAGCGGACUCGUCCAGGGGUACAAAUGCUAAUCACAACGUACCCUAAGCAGUCACGAUAUGCCGGAUUUGAGAAGCAGUUGAGCCCGUCGAGGUUUAUUAUGCGAACGUGGACGUGGCCCGAGAUUUAUUUGUCUCGCCAUAUGGCUAAACAGUGGCGUUCUACAGCAAAAUUGGUUGAAGCAUAUGGGAUGUAUGGAGGGUCGGCACGAAUCUUAUUCAAAAAGGAAGAAUCUGAGGUCAAGCAAGAACUGGAUCAAGCAAUCCACAAUUGUAAGACGCUUGACAGUCUGUUUAGUGAAGAAACAAUGUCGACACCGACAAGCAGUCUGAUUGUUCAAGUCAAUCCUGCCUUUGAGAACGAUGAAAUUAGACGAUCAUUAUUGACUGUAUCAUUCAUCUCAGCCAGGAUUUUGGAGAGAUUAUGUAAUAAGUAGGAUGCUCACUUUUGAGCCAGUUACAGUGAACCUUUCUAAAUUUUACAGACUGUUACAACUUCAGACCAUCUGCCAGUGUUGAUUCAAAGUUGUGGGUCACAAAUAUAUUGUAG